UCUAUUCAGAUACAGAGAUCGAUUGGGCAAUUUUCUUUGGUCUUCUGGGAGCGAGAGAAAACCCUAGCCGUAGGCUUACUUCCUGGUCGCUUCGAUUAGGUGUUUUAUACCCAUCUCUGUAAAUCAGUGAAUUGCUUGCUAGAUCUGUAAGAAUAUUAGAGGCACGGGCAUUUUUGCUGGUAAACAGAGCCAUGUCUCGGUGCUUUCCUUACCCACCACCGGGGUAUGUGAGGAGCGAUUCUCGUGUGGCCUUGAUCGAAUCGAUUGAGAGGGAAAAUGAGAAUGCCAAAUCAAAAUUGAAGAAAGAGAAGAGGAGGCAGAGGCGAGAGAGGAAGAAGGUGAAGAAAGAAAGUAAGAAAGGGAAAUCCUUUGAUAUCAGUGAUGAUGCAGUUAAAAAGCAUAGUGGUGAGAAGCUUUGUCAAGUGGAGAAGAGUAGAUAUGAUGUGAAUGGUGGUUGCAUAUCGAAGGGAAAAGAAGACGACACUGAACAAUUGGAGAGGAGUGGUCUGACUGAAGAACAUGGGAUGCCUGUCUCAUCGCAGAGUAUUUGCUACUUGUCUGAUGGCACACAGAGCAGCAAAAAGAGGAAAGCAUCAUCGACUGAGGGCAGUGAUCAUCGUGGGAACAUUGUUCGUAUUAAACUGACCUUGCGAAAGCACAAAGAACCCGAUGCUACAGUCAGCGGGGAGCAGUCAUGCUCUACUUCUGGAAGGGCAGAAUCCAAUGCUCAGUAUGAGGAGAAUACAUGCACACCAGACCAAAAACAGUGGUCCUGUGCUAAGCAAAGCAUGGCCAGGCUGGACAGAGUAAAAUGUUCCGGUUUAGUUGAAGUUCCUGGUCUCGAUAUUAGGCCCAAAUCAUACCAGAAUGAGACGCAGAAAGUAGAAUCUCUGUACAGAGAUUUGAUUGAAGAAUGGCUGCCACCUCCAAUUCAGUUGGAUCAAGAGAGUUUAGAUGAUCAAGAUUGGCUUUUUGGGGUAAGGCGGCAAAAUGGGAAUGGUUCUAAAAGAAUCGCAGCCUGCCAGGAUGUUGCCCAGUGUUUGAGUCCUACACUGUGGCCUCGUGCCCAUUACUUACCUGAGGCCGAUGUAUUUGCGCUGCCCUUUAUAGUUCCAUUUUGAAAACGUCGUUCAACUGCAUUUUUACUGCAGCGUUAUUGUACUGCAGGCUGUGUGCAAGCUGUAUGGUGAGAGAAGAUUCUCUCGUACAUGGCAAGGAAUUCCAUUUUUUACUCUGGUCUCUUUUCCAUUUUUACCAGGUUGAGAAGCGAAAUACAAGUAUUUACAUUAAUAGUUA